UAGGUUAACAUUACGAACAUAAUUGACACAAAUCCAUAAAAAAUGAUGGCAAUGGUCAGAUCCAAUAAAGAGUCUGAAUAACACAACUUUGUAUCAGAAUAUUGUCGUUACGAAAGCAAAAUUGUUGGUAGAUUGGAUUCUUGGCGACAAUCUGAAAUUCAUAUAUAUGCGUUGAUUUGUCGACACGACGGCUGUGCACAUAAUUUAACCUCGAAUCCGACUACAUUAAUACAUCAUUGGUUUGCCGUAGGCCGACGUAGACACAGUAUCAAAGAGAUGGGAAAAAAAAGAAAUGUUCAAAACCUUGCAGCGAGUCGACUGAAGGUAGAAGUAAAGGACGAGCUAGGCGAUAAUGAUGUACUAGUCGCACGCGACAGGCUAAAGGGGGCUUUGAGAGAACUUCUUCAACACAGUGACUCUGGUUCAUCUGCCGAAUCUAGCGAAGAGAGCUCUUCCCAGGAGUACAAACCUCAAGUAAAAAAAUUUAGGGAAUCUAUGAUUCCAUCGAAAACAAUGAGAUAUCAGCAAGCCAAAAAAAUGCGACGCCGACGUCAGGCCCCAAUGGACACAGCAUUUCAUCACACUUAUGUUAUGAAGCUAUUCGAUCGGAGUGUCGACCUAGCUCAGUUCCAAGAAGAUACUCCCUUGUAUCCUAUUUGCCGAGCUUGGAUGGCAAAUCAACCACGAAAUCCUAAUCUUGUUCCUAAAAUUCGCAGUCCAAGUCCCGAGGUACUGAAUGAAGUCAAUGCAAACAACACUUUAUUCGACUCAGACAGCGAUGUACAUGAUGUCUAUUCCUUGCCAGCACCUCUUCCUCGAGAAGAAGUAUGGCCUCGAAAUCGUGUCCCAUCUCCUAUAACAUUGCCCAAGGAGGAACUCCAUUUGGACUAUGAGCGCCAUACACCAAAAUCGCGAGAAGUUCUUAUGAGAGACCAUAUUAAUCACUGGACUUUAGUUAGAAAGAAAUGGCAUCAGCGAGCUCAUAAAAAUGAACAACGAUUUGAACAAAGUGCAAACAUUUUGGGCACCAUGUUCCGGAGGGCUCAAACGGAGUUUGAAUAGCUUGGUCUGUUUUUUUUUCUACAGCAAUUGUACGAUUCUUUUUACAAGAUUUCUUAUAUUGGCUUACUUUGAAAAUCACUACAAUCAUGUAAAACUGAAUUAUCAUCGCUUCAUCAUAAAAUACUUCAUUUUUGUUAAACAUUUUUGUGAAUUAUUUUAUUUCUUAGCAAUCUAGUGGAGAGUUUUGAUUCAAUACGAAUUAAAUUUUCAGUCUGUAUCUGUAUGUAUGGAAGUCUAUAUGAAUAAAGUAUUCAACUGAACAUAUUUGAUGAAUGUACAUAUAAAGGCAUAUCGAACUGCAUACUAUGGAACCUCUUUCACGGCCUGAUCGAACUGUGAUCAUUUUUUAUACAGUUCAAAACCGUCAUACAUAUACGAUUGCCGACAAAAAGAUUUUUCAGUGCCAAUAGUCAGAUAUUCAUUUCAUUUCUUUCUUUCUUUCUUUUUUUUUUUUUCUUUACAGAUUGCAUUUUAACGAAGUAAAGUUUCAAAAUUAUGCUUCAAGCCGUAAUUUGUGUUGUAGAUACUUCCAGUUUUCAUUAAACAGUCAACUCAGUCAGCUUGGGACAAAGAAUGAGAAAACGUAAUUUAGGAAUUGAGAACGACCAGCGUUUGGUGUUUUCACGAAUUGACAGAUUAUUACAAUGUUAUAAGGCAUAAAUUAGAGUGUGUAUCAAAAGUACUACAAUCGAACGCCAUAGGAACUGGUAAAAUUUGAGUAUUUAACACUCCUGUUAUAUUAUGGUAACGGAAAUAUUUUUUAUCGUAUCAGUUUUCACAAGUCAUGGUUACUUAAUGACUUGGCAGUGUCCAUGUUAGUUUUUUUUUUUUUUGUUCAUAUAAAAUGUAGCUAAGAAAUAAGUAACAUAAUAAAUUAAAUCAUUCAUUUUCUUAA